CAGCGCCUAUAAAGUCGCCCUCCUCCUGGGCAUAAACAAACCUCCCCUGGCUCCCAGCUCAGGCUCGGGAGCGCACGCCUCUCUUCGCCGCUCUCCUUGCUCCCUCUGGGCGCCGCCAACCUAGCUCCGGCUCUUUCUGCUUUUCUCUCUCAACCUCAGGCAGGUGACAGCAGGGACAUGUCUCGGGAGCUGCAGGACGUGGACCUCGCUGAGGUGAAGCCUUUGGUGGAGAAAGGAGAGACCAUCACUGGCCUCCUGCAAGAGUUUGAUGUUCAGGAGCAGGACAUCGAGACUUUGCAUGGCUCCAUUCACGUCACACUGUGUGGGACCCCCAAGGGGAACCGACCCGUCAUCCUCACCUACCACGACAUUGGCAUGAACCACAAAACCUGCUAUAACCCCCUCUUCAACUCCGAGGACAUGCAGGAGAUCACCCAGCACUUUGCUGUCUGCCACGUGGACGCCCCCGGCCAGCAGGACAGUGCGGCAUCCUUUCCCACGGGGUACGUGUACCCCUCCAUGGACCAGCUGGCGGAAAUGCUGCCCGGAGUCCUUCACCAGUUUGGACUGAAAAGCAUCAUUGGCAUGGGAACCGGAGCGGGUGCCUACAUCCUCACUCGAUUUGCUCUGAACAACCCCGAGAUGGUGGAGGGCCUCGUCCUCAUUAACGUGAACCCUUGUGCGGAAGGCUGGAUGGACUGGGCCGCCUCCAAGAUCUCCGGAUGGACCCAAGCCCUUCCAGACAUGGUGAUGUCUCACCUCUUCGGGAAGGAGGAAAUGCAGAAUAACGUGGAGGUGGUCCACACCUGCCGCCAGCACAUCGUGAACGACAUGAACCCCGGCAACCUGCACCUGUUCAUCAAUGUCUACAACAGCCGGCGGGACCUGGAGAUUGAGCGGCCGAUGCCCGGAACCCACACGGUCACCCUGCAGUGUCCUGCUUUGUUGGUGGUUGGGGACAGUUCUCCUGCUGUGGACGCUGUGGUGGAGUGCAACUCGAAACUGGACCCAACGAAGACCACUCUUCUCAAGAUGGCGGAUUGUGGCGGCCUCCCACAGAUCUCCCAGCCGGCCAAGCUUGCCGAGGCCUUCAAGUACUUCGUGCAGGGCAUGGGAUACAUGCCCUCCGCCAGCAUGACGCGCCUGAUGAGGUCCCGCACAGCCUCAGGCUCCAGCGUCACGUCCCUGGAGGGCGCCCGCAGCCGCUCCCACACCAGCGAGGGCGCCCGGCUGGACAUCGUCCCCAACUCCGGCGGCCCCGGGAGCAGCGCAGGGCCCAACUCCACGGAGGUGUCCUGCUAGGUGGCCUUGGGGACGGCCGCCCCUGGACUCUGGGAUCAAUCGCUGUAGCUGCCCCUCCCCGCCCCUGCCUGCCAACCACAUGUAGCUCGGUAUUAAUCCAAAGCUUAUUUUGUACGAGUGCGCUCUGGUGAGGACAAAGUGAGAUUGGGUUUGUGGAGGGCUCCCCUUCCGGCGAGGGCGGGGUGGAGUGGACCAAAGGGAAAGAAGCAUCUCAGUGUCCUGUUUCCACUAGCGAGCGGCCUAGAGGCCACUGUCUUACCCUCCCUCAGAGACACCAAACUGCCAAAAACAAGAAACACAGAGCAAACACUUGAUCAAUCCAAGGCUAGGCUGACCUGAGCAUCCUGGCGCGAAGGGACGUUUUGUUGGAAGCCCAGCCCACCUACUUCCUGUUUCCUUUCCAACUAAAGAAAAAACAGACCCAGUUUCUGGAAACCAAACCCCUUCUGAUUUGGAGAGGGGGAGAGGGGGGAAUGGUGGCGAGCUCUUUUAGCAAAGCCAAACAGGAAGCGGGGAAAGAGGUGGAAUUUAUGCAGCGGCUCCGAAGUGUUUGGAAGAGCAAAUCUCUGUCGUGAACUUGAAGAAGUAGAUUUUUAACGUCUGCGCAUAUAUACACUUUUCAGUGCCGAUGCCAGAAGCCUGUUUUUCUGGCAUUUUUUUAAUGGACAACAGAAGCAGGUGACAAAAUCUCCCAGUUUUUCAAAGAGACGGUCUUGGCAAACGUUUGGUAUCGGGGGUUUGAGGCUUUGAUUCUGCUGCCUGCCUCUUCCUCCACGUCACCUACUUCCUACCCCAAAUACAUGGACGAGUGAUCAUUUCAUUCAUGGGGAAGAUCGUGUAGAUUUGUAGCUGCUGCUUUGAAAUGGAGGGCCGUGCCUGGCUGUGCUGCGUCUCCAGGCAGCGGCCGGGGGAGGGGGGCAGGGGCAUUGAGGUGGGCUGGUAUUUUUGGUUAUUAGAUGUAAAGGAUUCCUCGUGGUUGUGAUGGAGUCCAGUGCAGUUGUGAUUUCAGUUGAUCCCAUCUGGUUCCCAGGAACCAUGUGUGAUUGAGUUAAAUCUAGCUUCCAAUCUUGGACAACCUGGGUUGAAUCUGAACUUGACUGCCAAACAUUUCUGACCUGGUGACCUUCCGGGAUCUUCAGAUAGAACUGUUCGCUCUUGUAGGGGGUGGGGAUUCCCUUGGGGAGUGGUGGCCCAGAAGAUGCAAGGAUUCUGGAAUGUGUAUUCCAUGGGCUUUCCUUCCCUCUCCCGCCUUCCUGCCCCUCUACCCUCUCGCUGAACCGGGUGGCAUCACUGACAUUUCUGGGCAACGUCAGCGUAGCUGUCGAGUUCCUGUACCACUUAACUGCCUUUUGAUUUUUACUUUGGCUAACCGUGGAUCUUAUAGGAAGUUUGAUCAGAGUGAAGGGAACAUUGUGAGUCAGCCGCCGGGGCCUAGUGGUUACUGGGAGGAAGAGUCAAGCCUUCUAGGUAGCUUGGGGGGAAUAAUGACUCAGUUUACCUGCGACCUACCCCCUGGGAGGCAGAAAUGGCUGAAUCAGAACAAGAAACUGUUGUGUACAAGUCUUUCCAGAGGAGUUUCUUAAUGAGAUAUUUGUAUUUAUUUCCAGACCAAUAAAUUUGUAACUUUGCAGUG